AUGCAGAAGCGUGGGGUGGAGUUUGUGGGGGAUUACAUGGAGGCGGAGGAGUUUGCGAAGCGGAAGGAGAUGGCGUUGGCAAUCUGCCCCCCACAGGCCCCGGCAGGGGCACACUCGCAGUCGCAGCUCCUCAUCCCGCCUGAAAGCCCCAUCUCAGCUUUCACGGGUUUUUCCCGCCGUCGGGAUUCCCUCAUUUCAAGGGAGCAGCGUGAGGCAUUGGUGGUUUCUGCCUUCGGCUUCGGCACAACACGACACGGUCACCCGGACAGGAGUGCCGCCCCGGCUCCGGGUGGUCUCUCCACCGCCGCGGGACAGUUGGAAAGCAUCGUCGUCUGUCAGAGCGAGAAGGACUCGGUGCGGUUUCGCCUCUGCGUAGAUGCCCUUUCGGAGGGGUGCGUGGCAACCUUCAUUCACCUUUUCGAGCUCUCCCACCGUGAGCCUGUGUGCGUCGACGAGCUCGCCCAGACGCACUUCACCAUUCCCGACGACCGCCUCGAGUGGGUGAAGGGUCAACUCUCCGCGAUUGAGGUGUUGCGCCGACAGAGCGAAUUCCACCUGGUCUAUGAACGCUGCCAAGCACUGGCAGACUACUUUGAGGGCGAACGCGACCAUGACGAGGCGGCUUGGUACUACGAGACGGCACUGUGUUUUGCAAUGGAGUCGCUAUUUCGACCACUGGAACAAGAAGUGCGCGGCGCCUACGCCGCUUUUUUUGAGCGGAGGAAGCAGUUUCGUAAGGCACUGAUGCUCUACGAAACGAUGUAUAAAUUGGCCCUGGCAAUAGAGGAUGAGAAGACUGCCCUUGAGGCAAGCCACCACCUCAUGCGAACGUACCAGUUGCUGGGGGAGGAGCUGAAACGCACGAGCCCCGAGGAGGCAAAGCGGUUCUUUGAGAGUGCCGUCGCCGUCGCCAAGCGCGUAGGAAGUGCCAUGGACGAAGCGGCUGGAUAUAGCGCUCUCGGCUACUUAUGUGAACAGCUAGGUGACCUGCAAGGAGCCCUCGAAUAUCAGCAAGCUUCCUUGGACGUAUCACAGCGAGAAAAACUUUUGGAUAGAGAGCAAAAGGCCGCCUUGGUUGUCGCCAGUCUGCAGGAACGCAUGCACCUAAACUCGGAGGCGAUGAACUCACUGCGGCGAGCGCUGUCGCUGUCUAGUGAAACCGGAGACCUGGAGGGUGUCUGCCUUGCCACCAUGCAGCUGGGGCAGGCCUGCAAGAGUAACGGCAAUGAGGAGAUGGCGCUGCAGUACUUCCGUGCAAACUUUCAGGCGGCGUGUCGUCAGAAGAAUCAAGACCUCGAGGAUCAGGCACGCGUUGCGUUGGGCUUUGCGCUUGGCGAGCAUUAUUUUAAGCACGCCGGCGGUGGUCGCGGGUACGUGCCUAUUGUCUGCUACGAUGUGAAGGCGCAAUUGGAGUGGAUGAGCACAGGUGUCUUGUAA